ACUUUUUGCAGUCAUCUUUGAUACAGAGAAGAUGAUUUUUCUGGUGUUACUGCUUUUGGGAUUCACGGCUAAGGGGCAGCAGCUGCCAUGUGGCAGUACGCCUAUUCCUCAGUCACGAGUUAUAGGAGGACAAGAUGCCAAACCUGGGGCUUGGCCAUGGCAGAUAGCUCUGAAACGAAAUGGAGGGUUUACCUGCGGAGGAUCACUGAUUUCUGAUUCGUGGGUCAUUACAGCCGCCCACUGCGUGGCAAGGAGUUCAAAUCCUGCCUCAUACAAAAUUGUUGUUGGCGAUCAUAAUCGAAACACAAACGAGGGAACCGAGGAAGAGGUUGGGGCUCAAAGAAUCAUUAGCCAUCCAUCAUACAACAGACCCAGCCCCAUCAACAAUGACAUAGCCUUGAUUAAACUGUCCAGACCAGUAAAGCUUUCUCAAAGGGUGAAUCCCAUAUGUUUGCCAUCAUACGACUCAGAUGUACCUACUGGAUCAAAAUGUUACAUAACGGGUUGGGGAAAAAUAAAACAUCCGGGAAGUUCGUAUCACAUCUUACAACAGGCCAUGAUGCCACCGAUCGACAACAAUAAAUGCAAACAAAAGAUCAGCCAGGCAGGAGUGUCAAUACCCUUUACUCGCGAGAUGCUUUGUGCGGGCGUGGAGAAUACCAUUCUGAGUGGUUGUCAUGGUGACAGUGGAGGUCCUUAUGUGUGUCUGAACUCAGACAAGAAAACUUACACCUUGCAUGGCGCUGUCAGUUGGGGGUCUGGACAGUGUAAUGCCAAGAUGAUUUUCACCGUAUUUGCCCGAGUGACAAGAUUCCGAGCUUGGAUCAAACAGUACACUAAUUUGGAUGGAGGAGGAGGAGGAGGAGGAACACCACCGACACCACCGGUGCCAACAACCGCUGGGAACGCUGUGUUCUCGUGCGACUUUGAUCAAAAUUUGUGUGGAUUUGUUCAAUCAAAAAAUGACAAGUUUGACUGGACUGUUAGAUCAGGAAGUACACCUUCUUCUUCUACUGGGCCAAGUGCAGAUGCCUCUGGAAAUGGAAAAUAUGCAUAUAUCGAGACUUCUUCUCCAAGAGUACAAGGGGACAAUGCUAAGCUUGUAAAAGACGGUUUGUCCUUCAAAACGAAGAAAUGUUUGUCAUUCUACUAUCACAUGAACGGAAAUACCAUGGGAACAUUAAACGUGUUUGUGGGGCAAAGGAAAAUAUUUUCUAAGUCAGGAAAUCAAGGAGAUCAGUGGAAAAAAGCAUCAAUCGAUGUGACUGACGCUGGAGCAUCAGAGUUGAUAUUCGAGGGCAUUCGUGGAAGUAGUUAUAGAGGAGAUGCAGCCAUCGACAACGUGGUGCUGAUGGAAUGUGGCAGUGGCGGUGGCGGAUCUUCACCCCCUCCAAUAACAGCUGCGCCCCCUCCCGCACUUGGUUCUUGCGGUAUCCGUCCACAAAGCAGGAUCGUUGGUGGUGUCGCCGCUAAACAGGGUGACUGGCCAUGGCAGGUUCAGUUACGAACCACAAGUGGCUUUCCCUAUUGUGGAGGUUCCCUUGUCAGUUCCGGAUGGGUCGUUACGGCCACUCACUGUGUCAGGGGUAAAUCGCCAAGUUCCAUUAUCGUAAGAGCUGGUGCCCAUAGACGUGUUAAAAAUGUUGGUACUGAGCAGGACUUGAAAGUGAUCAAAGUUAUCACUCAUCUAUCUUAUCACAAGCCAACAACAUAUGCUCACGACAUCGCUCUACUCAAACUGGAGAAACAAGCUCAGACUAACAGGUUUGUUAACCCGGUAUGUCUUCCCGAUGCCGUCUCUGAACCAGCUGACGGCACCAGAUGCUGGAUCACGGGUUGGGGCCGACUUUCUUCCGGGGGUGCUACACCAGACUAUCUUCAGCAAGUUCAGGUCCCGGUGGUAAGUCGAGCUCGUUGUGAUAAAGCCUACCCGGGGAAGAUCCACGACUCCAUGAUCUGUGCAGGCCUGGACCAGGGAGGAAUAGAUUCCUGUCAGGGGGAUAGUGGGGGACCAAUGGUUUGUGAGACCGGAGGGAAGUUUUAUCUGCACGGUGCCACCAGCUGGGGUUAUGGAUGCGCCAGUCCUGGCAAGUUUGGUGUCUACGCGAAAGUGAAAUACCUGUUGAAAUGGCUCAGAGGAGAGAUGUCAAAGAACUAACUCAAGGAAAUGUCGAUUGAUAGUACUUAUUGGUGCUCUUCUAGCACAUGAGAAACAGAGGGGUUAAAUUGUGUAGCUAAUGAGGGAAAUAAAGGCAUUUAAAAAAGAA